GCCGGAAAGUUAAAGGGGGCAGCGCGGCCGCGGGCAACCCGAGUCCCGGGUGACUGGCCAGAGAGAGGAGGGGAGCGGGCAGCUGUCGGGGACGCACGGACCUGAGCACAGCCCCACUCCUGCCGUCGCGGCCGCUGCCCUGGCCCCACGCGCGAAUGCUGCCGCGGGACUUACGAACCGCACCUGGUAUGUACUCCUCGAGCCCGAGGUGCAGGGCCAGGGACACCUACAGUUCCACCGUCCAACUCGCAGUGACACACCGACCGGCCCCAGUACACUGUAGCCUGCACGUGGGGAGGCUGACCCGGGGAGCACGGCUGGGAUGAGCCCCGUCGACUCACGUGUGCCACCGCCCUGCGAGGCCGGACCGCGGGAGGUGGCCCGGGGCUGGGGGUGGGAAUGUUAAUUCCCUACCCUCGCCUCCGGGGGUCCCGGGCUCAAAAGUAGCACAAGAGUCCCGCCCCGGAGAUGGCACUCCUGAAGGAUGGCUCUGGAGUUGGGCGGUGAGGUCUGAAGCAGCGCGCCUCAGUUUCCCAGUAAAAGGCAAGGAACCACUUGGUAGUCUCUCGGGUCGCCAAGGGCGACGGGACACAGAGCUACCCCCGGGCCCCGGGACAGGACCGUCGCGGGCUGGGGGCGAAGCGGCCGCGCGGGGGUGCUCGUGCGGCGCGCUGUGGCCGGGGUUGCCCAGCCGCCCGCCACGCCCCGCCCCGGUGCGAUAUCCUGGGCUCCUCCUCCUUGUCGUCUCCCUCCCCCUGCCGGUCACAUCUCCGGGAACCGAGCCCAGACCCUGCCUCCCGGACACACCGCCGCUCACGUAGGCCGGUGGCUCAGAUGCAGCGAGCGAGCUGGGGCAGGGGCGCUUCUGCGGCCCCGAAGUUGAAUAGGCCGAGGAAAAGUAGGAGGAGGAGAGGUUGAUCUUGCCGUGGCAGGAACAGAAGAAAAUCCAACCAUGAGUGGACCUGCAAAGUUCCAGCUUGUGUUGUUCAAAGGGUUCUAACCCGUUCAUCUAGCCCCAUGAUGGCUGUGGACAUAGAAUACAGGUACAACUGCAUGGCCCCGUCCUUGCGCCGGGAGAGGUUUGCCUUCAAGAUCUCGCCAAAGCCAAGCAAACCGCUGAGGCCUUGCAUUCAGCUGGGCAGCAAGAAUGAAGCCAGUGGAAUGGUGGCCCCAGCCAUCCCGGAGAAAAAGGUGAAAAAGCGGGUGUCCUUUGCAGACAACCAAGGGCUGGCCCUGACAAUGGUCAAAGUGUUCUCAGAAUUCGAUGACCCGUUAGAUAUCCCAUUUAACAUCACCGAGCUCCUAGACAACAUCGUGAGCUUGACGACAGCAGAGAGCGAGAGCUUUGUUCUGGAUUUUUCCCAGCCCUCUGCAGAUUACUUAGACUUUAGAAACCGACUUCAGGCUGACCACGUCUGCCUUGAGAACUGUGUGCUGAAGGACAAAGCCAUCUCGGGCACCGUGAAGGUUCAGAACCUUGCCUUUGAGAAGAGUGUGAAAAUCAGGAUGACGUUUGACACUUGGAAAAGCUUCACAGACUUCCCUUGUCAGUAUGUGAAGGACACUUAUGCCAGUUCAGACAGGGACACAUUCUCCUUCGACAUCAGCUUGCCCGAGAAGAUUCAGUCUUAUGAGAGAAUGGAGUUCGCCGUGUGCUACGAGUGCAGUGGGCAGACCUACUGGGACAGCAAUGGGGGCAAAAACUAUAGGAUCAUCCGGGCAGAGUUAAAAUCCACUCAGGGCACGGGUGAGCCAUGCAAUGGCCCGGAUUUGGGGAUAUCUUUUGACCAGUUUGGAAGCCCUCGGUGUUCCUACGGUCUGUUUCCAGAGUGGCCUAGUUACUUAGGAUAUGAAAAGCUGGGGCCUUAUUACUAGGGAUUGCAGGUGACAAAGUGUGGCAGAGCUGCUCCUGACCAGCCCAGCUCCACUCACCAAGGAAUGGAGGCGGACCCAAAGAAAAAGCAGCGCGGAACUGCCAUAGGCACAGUUUUGGAAAAGAAAGGAUCCUACUCACUUUUUCCUUAAAGCAGCAAACCCAGCCAGGUUCAGAUCACAGAACCGGUUUCUCAGUCAGAGCAGAGGUGGGGUAUGCUGGCCGGCUUUGGCACCGUGGCAGCCACCAGAGUGUGAGCAGGAGAGAGUCUGGAUGGGACCCAAGCCUGCGGCAGUGCCGGCCAGGCUGGAGGGGCCUCGCCUCUCCUCUCCAGUCGGAUGUGCAGUGCCAGUCACCCCAAAGUUUCCGAGCCCCAGGCACCUCCAGGCAGACCCUCCCCAUUCAUCUUUGAGUGUUUCCAGCAGCUGGGCUGGCCCGGCAUGUGGCUGAUGUGCUGCCUCCGCAUGAGGUCACAUUUUAUCCAUGUGCUGUGACACGCCGACCCGAUGCUACACGUUGCUGAUGCAGCCGCAGAAAAGGGACAGGAUCUGCUUCUUUUUAAUUUUUAUUUUUGAAAGUUCUCUCUAUUUUUUUUUUUUCAUUUAUAUUCUCCCACGGUCCGUCCGGCGUUCAGGAAAAGAUAAUAAACACAAAUUGUAACUGACACAGGCAUUUCCUCUCAUCCCCUCCUGACCCACUCGUGCCAACAGCGUGCCACACACCCGUUAUCAAAAGCCACUGUCUCCUACGUGGUGUCACAGAUUGCAGGGUUCUGACCAGGUGAGACAGUCACGAGGGGGACACUUAGCUUUUCCUCUCGGCUUUCGGAGAAGCUUUCUAAGUGCUCACUUUUACCCCGAGUCACAGAAGCCUCAGUUACCAACUUGAACCUGCUUGGCUGGUUGACAAGUGUCUCCUUCUUUACAAGAGAAUAUUUGAUCUCUUUUUCCUGGAGAGUCAUCUUUUAUGCUGCGUUUAGGACAUUUGAUUUGUAGAUCCAAUAUAGCCUCAAAGCCUUCGGACAAUGUUUGGUUUUAUUUUGACUGGGAUUUACAACAUCCAGAACAUCUUACUAGUGCCCAGGAACAUUGAUUUGGGGGUUCUUUUAUUUAUGAUAUGUGAGUAUGGGAAGGGAUGGAUGAGCAAAACCUCACCGGGUUCCUGUAUGUUAUUUUAAAUGUUUGCCAACUCUGAAAUCUCAGAGAUUACUUGUUCUUAACCAUAUUGGACUAGUGUCUGUUGGUGAAUGCUGUUAUCAUAAAAGAGACUCUUGGGACGUUCAUUUUCGGAUGGAUCCCCCAAACCUGUGAUUUUCCUUGAGCAAGAAUGGUUUUUACGUAGGUGUAUUUUAAAAAUAUAUUUACAUAUAUAUUUGUAGAAAGUUGGGGGUUUUUUUCUGUUUGUUUAUUUGGGGUGUUUGGUUAAAUAACUUUCCUUUUCCUCUGUGCCUUAUCUUACUAAAGUGAGAAUUCUGCUAAAACAAGCAGAAAGAGGAGUGUACAAUUGCCUAGAUUUGGAGGCACAGCUACUGGGCUUUGCAAGGAAUGAGUCUUGUGCUUGAUUUUCCUAGAUGAAUUGAAAAACACCUGGGGUGUGGCUUUGUACACCACUGUCGGGCAAGGAUGGAGUGCCUUGGCUCCUUGAGUUUUGUUGUGGGUUUAGGUUUUUUUCAGAUUUUGAACUUUAACAUGUUUUGACCUUUUAAAAAAUACGCCUCAGUGGCAUUCGAUGGGAUCCUUGUUCCUAAAACGGGCUGUUUCUGGUCUGCGGUCUAGUGCUUAGUUUUUUGUGUCUCUUCCAGGUGGGUGGCACUCUGAAAUUACAUGAUAAUAUAAUUUGGGGAGAAAUCACAUUUGUGUCUUAUGCUGAAAUUGGGCAGAACUUUGCUUAUCUAAGCAUACCACCUAUCAAGCAUGGAGCUAGUACUUUAAAUGUUACGAAUUUGGUAAUCAGAACUAUUCAUAGCAUAAAUCUCACUAAAAUCGAAGCACCAUUGAUCUCACGCAAGUCAUGAAUUUUAUUUUGUGUUCAGAAGUGCCCCCUUCCAAUGCAGGAAACGUACAAAGUGCCCUGUCAUCUCCAUGUUACCAGACUAAGGAUCAUUCUGUGUUCAUGUUUAAAAAGGGCUCAAGCGACUCUAGAAUAAAGUCUGUUUAGUUGUCUCUAAUAAUGAUCUUAAUACAUUCCCAUGUCAAGAUUUGAAAUAUGGUAAUUCACUGAUAAGAAUCUCUUCUAAAACGACCAUAACCCCCACCCCACCCCAUCCUUCUUUGUCUUAGCUCACUCCAGCUUUAUUCCUGGGGGCACUGGCUGCCCGCCCCCCGGCCAGCACACCUGGGAUGCUCACCCCACCACACAGUUCAGAGGCAAGUCCUCACCUGCUUGCAAAGACCCUUCUUCUCCAAUAAAAGAAUCUGCUUGCCUGACCGCCUCCAUCAGGGCUGUCAUUUAAUGAGGGGGGAGGAUCUGAAGAACACUGUCUGCUAUCUGGCCUUUGUUUACUGACUCAGCCCCUCCCCGCCUCUGCUCUGACACAGUCUUUCUCUUUGGGCCCAGUUCCACCCCAGGGUGUUCUCACAAGGCCCAGGAACUGCUCUGAUGGACUGUCUCAUUCGUUCCCGGUAGAUGGGCCUGCACACUUCACAGGGUGACAGCUUUCUUAGUGGGAGACUUCGCACUGCAGCCUGACUUGUAUGUUUGCCUUCAGACAGCCCAUGGUUAUGGUGACAAAUGGCUCCCCAGUGCCAGUGUCCUUCCCAUGUUGCCCUAGAGGACCAGCCACCUGUCACAGGUGCAGUUGUCCAGGAAUGAGGAAACAACUUCAUUUUUGUUUCCUAUUUAUUCCUCCAAAUGCCCCGGGGAGCAUUUGACAGUUGGGUGCAAUAAAUAAGCUGGAAUGUAUAAAGAUAGGUACUAAAUAAGCUUUCAGUACUUCUUAAAAGAUAUGAAGCAUUUGAGUGUUUUUAAUUUUUUUUUUUAAAAACCAAAAACUCUUGUUAUAGGGAGCUGGUGAGAAGUAAUAGAGCUAAGUGGUUCUCCAGAAAUUACAAUUUAAGAGUCUCUAUAAGGUUUAAUUUUAAUGGUGGUAAAACACACACACAUAUAUAUAUAUAUACAUUUUUUUUUUUUUGAGACAAACUCACUCUGUUGUCCA